AUGCCUUUUAACGGACGUCCAAGACCCAGACAGGGAUUUGUGAGCUCUCCCUGGGAUGGAGCUUUUAACGGAGGUCCAAGACCCAGACAGGGAUUUGUGAGCUCUCCCUGGGAUGGAGCUCCUAACGGAGGUCCAAGACCCAGACAGGGAUUUGUGAGCUCUCCCUGGUAUGGAGCUCCUAACGGAGGUCCAAGGCCCAGACAGGGAUUUGUGAGCUCUCCCUGGGAUGGACCUUUUAACGGAGGUCCAAGACCCAGACAGGGAUUUGUGAGCUCUCCCAGGGAUGGAGCUCAGUCCCGGGUUUCAGAUGAUUUCCGCCAACUCCAAAUGGAGAUUGAAGACUGCAAAAAAGAAAAUGCUGUCCUGACCGACUGCAGCAAUGAACUGGAGAGGGAAAUAGUGGAACGUGAAGAGGAUGAUGAGGAAAGAAUGAUGUUGAUCAACAAGAACUUGGACAGGGAAAGAGAGAUCGAGGUUGCAAAUGAGAAAAUGACCCUGGAAGAACUAAAAAGACAGACUGAGAUGACAGAGAUGUUUAAGGAAAAGCUGGAGAAAAAGGAUUUCUUUCUUGCUCAAGAAAAAUACUUUAAGGAAUCAGCAGAGAAAGAUUCCCUUGUAUAUGUGAAAAAAAUCAAAGACGCUGAAACUCGUUUGGAGGCUGAACGCCAGCUCACACUGGACUGUAAAGGAGAACUCAAUCAGUGCAAAGGCAUUAUUGAGGAUCUAGUUCAGUCGUCCAAAACGCUUGAAAAAGACGGUGAGGUUAAGUCCAAGCAGGAAGAGGCCCAUAAGUUGGUCCUUGAUGAAAUAGAAAAAUUAAAAAAGCAACUGGAAGAAGAAACAAACUCACAUCUUGAUCUGAUAUCUAAACUGGAGGCACAGGAAACAUUGAAAUCGAGUGUACAGUUCAAGUUUGCAGAGCUGAAAUUUGCCCUGGAAACGUCUGAGUCUUCUGCAACAGAAAACAUCUCAGAAAUGAUAAGUGUCUCAUCACAAACUGACAAUGCUUCUUUGGAAAAUGUAUCAGAACCUUCAGAACCAGAGAGGGUGUCUGAACAAGAAGCUGAGAAAUCAUCACCAACGGAGCCUGAACACAGCAAAGACAAGAUGUUAGAAGUUGUUGUAGAGAAUAGCAACAAUGAGCUUAACCAAGACUUUGCUGCAAACGUGGGGGUGUCAGGCCCAGAAGAGGUCUCUGAGCUGAAAAUGACCACUGAAUCGCAAUUGGUUUCUGAAGUUUCUGAACAAAAAGCCAAGAAGCGUAGACGCAGAAAAAAGAAAAAGCCAGAGCAAUCUGAAGAUGCAAAUCAACCUGAAGAUGGUUUACCAACAGCAGACUUGGUGAUUGAUGUAGAACUCACCGAAGAAAGUAACCAGCCUGAGGUCGGUGAUAACUUGGCUGCAAAAGUGGGAGACCCUGAACCAGAAGAGUUGUCCAAACCGGUACCAACCCCUGAAACAGCAUCGGUCUCAGAACAGGAUGGGGUUGCUGGACAAAAAGCCAAGAAGCGUAAGCGCAGAAAGAAGAAGUCAGGAAAAUCUGAGAAUGUUAAUCAGGUCAUUGAAUACCUACCUCAAUCAGAAGAUGGUAUACCAACACCAGACUUGAUGAUUUUGCAAGAUUUGGCAAUAAAAGUAGGAGUUUCAGAACCAGAGGGCGUCUCUGAGCUGGUGGGGGCCGAUGCAAAGGAAUUGGUCUCCAAACCAGAAUAUAUUUCUCAAAUAGAAACAGAGAAAGCGUCACCAGCGGAGCCUGAACACAGCAAAGACAAGAUGUUAGAAGUUGUUGUAGAGAAUAGCAACAAUGAGCUUAACCAAGACUUUGCUGCAAACGUGGGGGUGUCAGGCCCAGAAGAGGUCUCUGAGCUGAAAAUGACCACUGAAUCGCAAUUGGUUUCUGAAGCUUCUGAACAAAAAGCCAAGAAGCGUAGACACAGAAAAAAGAAAAAGCCAGAGCAAUCUGACGAUGCAAAUCAACAUGAAGAUGGUUUACCGACAGCAGACUUGGUGAUUGAUGUAGAACUCACCGAAGAAAGUAACCAGCCUGAGGUCGGUGAUAACUUGGCUGCAAAAGUGGGAGACUCUGAACCAGAAGAGUUGUCCAAACCGGUACCAACCCCUGAAACAACAUCGGUCUCAGAACAGGAUGGGGUUGCUGGACAAAAAGCAAAGAAGCGUAAGCGCAGAAAGAAGAAGUCAGGAAAAUCUGAGAACGUUAAUCAGGUCAUUGAAUACCUACCUCAAUCAGAAGAUGGUAUACCAACACCACACUUGAUGAUUUUGCAAGAGUUGGCAAUAAAAGUAGGAGUUUCAGAACCAGAGGGCGUCUCUGAGCUGGUGGAGGGCAAUGAAAAGGUCACUGAAACAGCAUUGGUCUCCGAACACGAUGGGGUUUCUGAGCAAGACGCAAAGAAGCAGAGACCAAGAAGGAAUAACGGGUCAGUAAUUACUGAGAAUUUGAAACAAUUUGAAGUAAUUGAAGGACUCCCUGAACCGAAGGAUGCUGUUAUAAAAGAGGACACCAAAAUGGUAUAUAAUCCUUCACUGUGGAGACAAUUUAAGAAGUUCCUCACCCCGGCAUGUCUGCGUCAGUACAAGCACAAGAACACAGUCCAAGAUUGA